AUGAGACUCGUCACUGCAUCAGAACAAGAUAACGCAAGCAACUACGCCAUGAAGGGCUUUGCUGUUGGUGCUGCUCAGUGGGCUGGCGUUGGUUUAUUUGCAUCAGCACUCGCGUAUUCCUUCUUCCCAUGGUACAGACGCACCCAAACUGUGAACAAGUUUUACAUUGUCAUGUGCUUUGCAUUGGGCGGUGGUGCUUACAAGUCAGAUCGAUACAUGGUUAACUUUGAACGCCGUGGACGAGCGGAGAUGUUAGACAAGGCAACUCGAGAACGCUAUGAGUUAUUAUAUGGUGGCAAGGAUAAGGAUAACGAGAAGAAGGAACAAUAA